AUGUCGACCCAGCUCUCCGACGAGCAGAUCAUCGCGGCCUUUCACGUCUUCUGCCGCGACGCACUCGCCCAGGCUCGAGCCGAGGGCUUGCUCGACGACGGCGACCUCGAGCAGGCUGACGUCGACGUCCAGGUCGCUGGCCCUGCCCUCGCCCUCUUCUUCGCGGCCCUUGGAGCUCGCGGCUCGCCGCCUUCCAUCUCGUCGCCCGAUGCCGCCUUCUCGCUCACGACCGACAACUGCCCCGACACGUUCCGCAACGCCUUCUCGCUGUGGCAGCGCACGGUCGAGCCGGUGCAAGGGUUCUCGUCGACGGCGCGGCACGACCUCGCCCUGCUGCUGUGCGAGAAGGAGGUCAAGUCGAGCCCGCUGCGGCUCGACGUCGCCCGUAUCGCCGCCGACUUGAAGGGCAUUGCCCUCGAGAUCCUUCAGCGCCGCUCCUUCCAGAUGCGCUUCCGCCACGACCUGCAGGCCGCGCUCGACACGUCGAUCCGCCCUCGCACCAGUACCGACAGCGAUCGACCACACGCCGCGUACGAGCCGCCGCCGAUGUACUACGAGGGCGAGCCGACGCCCGACACGAAGCGCGCGCACGCGCACCUCGCCCAACACGACGCGCCCGAGGCCAACGCCGAUGCGGCCGCCGACGGCGAGGGCCUCGCGCUCAUCCGCGAGACGCUGUACGCCGCCCUCGGCGAUGUCAUGGUCGAGACGCCGGCCAUCCUGUCGAUGCUCGCUCGAGGCGCCGACUACGCCCCGCAAGCGUUCUUUGCCUCGACCGCGUUGGCCAUCCUCGACGUCGCCUUGACCCGGGUCGACGAGCACGGCGUCCGACCUGUCCACAUGGGCCAUGGUUCGCCAACUCGCAUCGGCUUGAGGGACACACCUCCCUAUCUUCGACCUCUACUCGGCGGCCUCGUCGAGCUCUCGCAGGCGAGUCGGGCGCUACAGGACGAGGACGACGCGCGAGCGGUGCGCGAGGCGACCGAGGGCGUCGAGCAGCUCACGCCGCCGAGGCUCGACCAGCUCCGCGAGCGGCUCGUGCAGGGCGUCGGCGCGACCGAGGAGGAGGACGUGCAGGUGCAGGCGAUCGCGAACGGCGUCAACCAGCUCGCUCUCGGCAUGUCGUCGCUGCCGGCGUUCCGCGAGCGGCAAGCCCAGGCGCUGCAGGUCCUGGUCGCCAUCACCGCCAUGUGAGCCCGAGGAGGAGAAGGAGCGCGAGUCGAGGGAGGGACAGAGUCGAGGAUGGCCCGUUUGUGCCCAUGUUGUCGUCUAGCCUGCCAUGUCAAUCGAGUCUCGUUCCUCCU